AAAAUUCCUUUGGUGACAACCCUAAACUGUUCUGGUCCUACCACAAAGCCAUCCUACAUCACAGGAAACGUCAAAAUAAUGAGAUUACCUACAAUGGUGUCACAGCUAAAACUGCCAAGGAAAAGGCGACACUUUUCAACUCUUACUUUUCUUCGGUAUUCCAUCCAUCCUCAACUCGUUCAGCCCCUAGUGAUUACCCAGAUUCUUUGGAAUCAGAGGGACAAAUUUCCGAGAUAACACUCGAUGUUGAUGAAAUUUCACAAUGUUUGAGCUACCUUGAUACUUCGAAAGCAACCGGCCCCGAUGGUAUUCCAUCUCGACUUUUGCAAGCAUGUAGUCUCGAAAUCGCACCAAGCAUCUGUGAACUGUUCAACCAUUCUCUGCAUAGUGGUCAUAUUCCAUCUGAGUGGAAAUCCGCUAAUGUCACUCCCGUUCAUAAAAAGGAACGUAUUGAACCAGCCGAGAAUUACAGACCGAUUUCGUUGCUGCCCAUCCUUGGAAAAGUUUUGGAACGUUGUGUGUGCCUCCGAUUUUAUGACCAUAUUAGUCACCUGAUCACGGAAUCACAACAUGGCUUUCUAAGACAACGAUCAUGCGUCACACAGCUCUUAUCUGUUCUACAUGCCAUUGGACAAUCCCUCGACAAAAAUAUCCAAACCGACAUUGUCUACUUAGAUUUCGCCAAAGCUUUCGACUCUGUCGACCACCAAAUCCUACUGCAGAAGCUAAAAUCUUACGGUGUGAGAGGUCAGUUGUAUAAAUGGUUUGCUGAUUACCUCAAUGGUCGUUGUCAGAGAGUGGUUAUUGAUGGAGCUGCUUCGCAUUGGGCACCCGUAACAUCUGGUGUGCCGCAAGGAAGCAUCCUUGGACCUGUUCUCUUUGUUCUAUUUAUUAAUGACCUUCCCGACAUUUUACCCUACGAGAAAAUGGCAGCCCUGUAUGCAGACGACACCAAAGUGUACAAUUCGAUUAGAUCGAUAGCUGAUUGUGAAAAAGUACAACAAGCACUAACCAAUCUUGAGUGCUGGAGCCGUGACAACAAUCUUGGUUUCAACUCAUCCAAGUGUAAG